AUGGCGAUCUUUGAUUUCCUACAAUCAAAUCUGCGCAUAUUCGACCUCUCUGUGCCCCUCGAAAAUGGCAUGCCGACUUCAGGCGCGCAUCCUGCAUUCCACCACGCCUUAGUGAGACGUCACGGCGACAAGUCAAGACCAGGUUCGGGCGGUGGCACCAGUGCGAAUGAUAUUUUCGUGUCUGGAGGUCACGUCGGUACUCACAUCGACGCGAUAGGACACGUUGCGAGAGACGGAAAGCUGCAUGGCGGCGUUGAUGCAGUGGAGGCGACUCGAGGCGGUCGUUUCAACGUUAUGGGCGUUGAUACCAUCAAGCCCAUGGUCUGCAGAGGAGUUCUGCUUGACAUCCCUGCUCUCAAAGGCGUGGAGCAUCUCGACCCUGCCUACGGCAUCACAGCGGAAGACCUUGAACAAGCGCUGGGCGACACAGAGAUUAAUGAGGGAGACGUGGUCUUGGUUCGGACCGGUUGGUUGAAACUCUACCAUGAUGAAAGGGCGUUCCUGGGCGAGGAGACCGGCGUUCCUGGUGUUACAGAGCCCGCUGCAGAAUGGCUCGUCUCCAAGGGUGUUCGAGCGGCGGGAACAGAUACGAUGGCAUUUGAUCAGAUAGUGCCUGGGCCAAAGAAACUGGCCAGGCCGGCACAUGGUGUCUUGCUGUGGCAACAUGCUGUGCACAUCAUUGAGCUUUUAGACCUGGAAGAGUUGGCUGCGGCCAGGAUCAAGGAGUUUCUCUUCUUCCUUGCGCCGCUCAAGAUGACCGGCGGAACGGGCUCGCCUGUAAGGCCCCUCGCAAUUAUAGAAGAAUGA